AUGAGAAACAGAUGGCAUCUUUGGAGUUCGUCUUGCCCUUGCCCUUAUGUAGGUGUGUGGUCAUCAGGCUGCAAAGCAACUGGGUUCGUGAGUCCCAAUAAAGCCAAGUCUUUGCUUUCUGUUGUGUAUGGUUUCAGUGAGAUGGCGAAAAGCACCACCCAUACUUUCUCAUCUGUGGGAUCGAGCUCCGUAAAGAAGGAAAGUGAGAAGCAGGAGUACAGCAAAGCAAAGAAAUGGCUUUCAACGCUUGUUUUGUUUUUUGAUGCUCUUUAUUGUUUAGAAGAGAAUUGGGAGGAAGAACCCAGGGAAAACUACCCUGAGGAAGUAGGAGGAAGUUAUUUCAAUGAUGGGAUUAAUAAAUCAAACCCUUUUCCAGCCUUGUUAGAACAAGACUUAUCCUGGGAAGAUGAUGAACUUUCUUCUCUACUUUCAAAAGAAGAGAGAGAUCAACUGUGUGAUGUCCUUGAAAGCAAUGGCAAUCUAGCUGAGACUCGCCGUGAAGCUGUGGAAUGGAUGUUAAAAGUCAAUGCCCACUACUCCUUCUCUGCUCUCACUGCUGUUCUUGCCGUCAACUAUCUCGAUAGAUUCUUGUUUAGCUUCCGAUUCCAAAGUGACAAGCCAUGGAUGACUCAACUAGCUGCUGUAGCUUGUCUUUCUCUUGCAGCCAAAGUGGAGGAAACCCAAGUGCCUCUCCUGCUGGACUUACAAGUGGAGGAGAGCAGGUAUGUGUUUGAGCCUAAAACCAUCCAAAGAAUGGAGAUUUUAGUGCUUUCCACACUUCAAUGGAAGAUGAACCCUGUUACCCCACUUUCAUUUCUUGAUUACAUUGCAAGGAGGCUUGGAUUGAAGGACAUUCUUUGUUUGGACUUCCUUAGGAGAUGCGACCGCAUUCUGCUCUCUGCCAUUUCAGACUCUAGGUUUCUGUGCUACCUUCCUUCUGUAAUGGCCACUGCUACAAUGCUACACGCUGUGGAUUGUGUAGAACCUAAUCUUAGAGUUGAAUACAAAAACCAGCUAUUACUCAUCCUGGGAAUCGAUAAGGACAAGGUAGAUGAAUGCCGUAAGUUGAUUAUAGAAUCGGCAACAACAAGUGCUGAAGGGAACCAAACAAACAAACGAAGGUUUAGCUCCCUUCCAGGAAGCCCAAAUGGCGUAUUGGAUGUGAAGUUUAGUUCAGAUAAUUCGAACGAUUCCUGGGCUGUGACAUCAUCUGUGUGUUCUUCUCCCGAGCCUCAAUCCAAGAAGAGCAGAAUUCAAGAAGACCAGUUUCUGGAAAGGCCAAGCCAUGCUCCAAACUUUCUUAGUAUUCCUCGUUAAAUUCCAUCUUCAGUUCCUUGGUUAUUUUUUACCCUUUCCUAGACUAUAAAUAGUCUUUGCAAUAACAUUGCUGUUCUUUUCUUAUGAUGCAAGUUAAAUUGCUCAUCAUCUCUGCAUUUUUCUAUACCAAAACUCCAACCGAGACUCAUCUUUAGAACAAUCUCCUU